CUGCCCUGUACCUAACGCUUCCUGUUUUUCAGGAGAAACUCCUUGUUUUUGCGCUUUUAUGGUGACGGAUUUAUUUCAGCGGCUUGUUCCUGAGGAGGCCGCCUCAAGGAGCUUGCCCCCCUCCCGUGGAGCGUGUGGGGCGGUGGCCUGCAGAGGAGGCACAGAGCUGGUGAGGGGGUCCCCGGGGGAAGGUCACCGUCAGCCCUUUCGCAGGGAUCACUCUGGGCAUUCCUGGGUACACCAAGAGGCCUUAAAGGUGGGCAGCCAGCGGGACGACUGCCGUGGGGCUUUUGUUGCUUAGUAAGAGCUGCUAAGUUAAGCCAUGUGUGGUUCUCUUUCGAGGAGCGGUGGCCUAACCAAUAAGGACAAAGUGAAUAGCAUUCGUUUCCUGCUGACCUUUUAACACGAACAGAUGUUUUCCCUUACAAGUACCGUAGGCCACUUCAGUCCCUGACCUCAUCAAGUGGGCUGCUGUCGUUUUCAUACUCAGCAGGCAAUAAAACUGCUUUUUUAACCUGUUUUGCUGAGACCUGCCUGUAGAAGUGGGUCUCCCGCCUCGGUCAGGACCCAUGUGCCUUUAAUGUGCUUGACUUUCUUUUCUCUGGAUGGACCAACCACUUCCUCCUCGUUUUUGUCCUCUGUGGAGGAUGGCAGAUGUUUCCUCCGAUGGGCUCUAUGAGGCAGCCAGGGGGAAAUGAGUUUGCCUUUAUAAUAUUUUCCCUAGCAGUCCUUGAAUAAGUUGGACUUUGCAACCCCAUGGCUGGAGCAGGACGUGCAAGUUUGAGCAUGACUUUUGUGCCCACAAAUACCAGAGAUGUUCAUCCAGAUAAAAGAAGUUUGUCUGCUGCCUCUCCUGGUCAGAGCCUGCUUUCUUCUUCCAGUCCUGCAUGGAGACCAUGGGAACAAACUCUGCAAUGAUGUAAUGGAGCAGAGAAACGUGGAGACAGUCUGGGUGUGCAUGCCAUGAAUUAAUUUGAGACCACUGCCUGUUGAUGAAGAGCCUUUCUUCAAAACUGACAUUGCAGUAGUGUCUCAUCUGAUGCCGUCAAGCGGAGUGAGGUGUCUCCAUGCCUGGGAUAAAAAGACACAGCUGUGAUGCUUGCAGGCCAGUUUAUUUGCUGUGUUGCAUGGUGCACGACUUGUGUUCCUGGGUUGCUGACUUUCAAUUGGUUUCAGGUGUGGGGGACACUGCAGGACUGACAGUGGCGGUAUGCACGCCGAUUCCUGUGGGUUCUCCUGAGUUCCUGGGGCACCACUCUGCUUUUUGAGUCAGAAGGUUGCAAGCUAUCGUCAAGAAUGGCACUGGUGGAUAAACACAAAGUCAAGCGGCAGCGUCUGGACAGAAUUUGUGAAGCGGGAGCAAGUGGCUUCGUGGCGAUGCCCAUCCCCAGCAAGCACCCCAACAUCGGCCGCUCGCAGAGCUGGGACGCUGCCGGCUGGUAUGAAGGCAACUGGGAGAGCGAGAAUGCCUUUGAGUACCAGAGGCCACCAGGCCGGAGGAGCUCCCUGACCUACGGCGGUGAGGGCGGCUGGUAUGAGCCACCUCGAGCAAACGAUAUCAUCUUGCAGGGCGGCGCGGAGCUGAAGCAAGAGGCGUACCCAUACCAGGAUGCCACCUUCACCCCGGGGCCCCUCAGGAAGGGCUCUGUUCCUGACUUCUCCUACUGCGACCGGCAGGCGGCCAUGGCAGGCCGGGGCUCCCUGCCACCCCAGGAUUACUACAGCGACCCGUCCCUGGCAGCCAGGUCGCCCAAGGACCCCCGCUACUACCGCGACCAUGUGGUGAGCAGGCCGCUGGCGAGCUAUGGGGUGCCUGGCAGCCGUCUCUCCUGGGACCAGGCUCCGGGACGCCUGCCUGCCCCACCGGAGGCCACCCGCCUCUACCGCGACCCCAAGAUGGCCCUGGAUGGACAGCGAAUGCGCAGCAGAGAUGUCUCCCCGGCACGGUAUGGCAUGGAGCCUACAGGCCCACGGUAUGCAGCAGAGCCACCUGCCUUUCCCAGCAGGCAGGCCUAUGGUGAUGGGGCAGAACGGCCCCCCGAGCCAGCGGGAGCCAGGCAGGCUGCACCCACCUGCUUGGUGGUGGAUCCUACCAGCAGCACCAGCACUGGCUAUGGACCAGGCCGCGAGUGUGCUGGCACCAAGGGUCCCUAUGACAGCUAUGAGGCAGCGGUGUCAACACCUUCCCACCCACCGGUGCCCCCCACCUUUCCUGGGCCAGAGGGGAAGAGGAGCUUUGACCCCGAGUUUGUGGCGCUGCUGCGUGCAGAAGGCGUCUCGGAGAGCACCUUCGCUGCCUUGCUGCAACAGGGCUUUGACUCCCCAAACCUGCUAGCCAUGAUGGAGGAGAACGACAUCAAGUCUGUGGCUCCGAACCUGGGGCAGGCCCGUGUGCUCUCCCGCAUUGCCCACAACUACAAGGCAGAAAUGCAGCUGCAGAGGCAGGAGCGGAGGAGUGGGGCACUGCGUCCCAGGACCCGCUCCAACAGCUUCAGCCACCGCAGCGAGCUGCCAGGUGACUAUGGGAUACCCCUGGGCCCGGGGCCCCCCACGGAUGGCCCGGCCAUCCCACAGCCCCAGCCUCCACUGCAGCCAGUCUCCCCAAGAGGAGUGGAGAUGCACCGCCGGCCAUCCAGUGCCCCAACCCAGCACCUGCUGGAGACCACCACCUACCCUGCCUCGGCAGGCGCUCCUCAGGGGCCACACUUUCUCCCUGGCUCUGGAUACAACACCCCCCUGCCUUGCAACACACACCCACGCCCAGCUUCCGCUUACUCUGCGCCGGUCGGCAUGCCCAUGACCACGGCCAACCCACAUGCCAGCCCCAAAACAGCCUACCCUACCACCUACACCGUGCCCAUGGAGCUGAUGAAGAGGGAGCGGACGGCAGCUGCAUCACCUGCACCCAGCCCGCAUGGCAGCCCACAGCUCCUCCGCCGGCCGGGACCGCCGGGGGACAGCAGCCUGGCGCCCUCUGGACCUGCUUUCCCAGCCCAGCCCUCCCCAUACCCGAAGCUCAGCAGGCGCACGGGGCCCCCAGUCAUCGUCUCCACCAUGGCAUCACCUGAACCAAGUAUUCGCCCUCAAAUCAUGAACGGCCCCAUGCACCCCCGGCCCCUGGUGGCACUGCUGGACGGCAGGGACUGCACGGUGGAGAUGCCCAUUCUGAAGGACUUGGCGACGGUGGCAUUCUGUGACGCACAAUCAACUCAGGAGAUUCAUGAGAAGGUAUUAAAUGAAGCCGUUGGGGCAAUGAUGUACCACACCAUCACACUGACUCGAGAAGACCUGGAGAAGUUCAAGGCCUUACGGGUCAUUGUUCGAAUAGGCAGUGGCUAUGACAACAUCGACAUCAAAGCAGCAGGGGAGCUUGGGAUCGCCGUCUGCAACAUCCCCUCUGCCGCUGUGGAGGAGACUGCCGACUCCACUGUCUGCCACGUCCUCAACCUCUACCGGCGGAACACGUGGCUCUACCAGGCCCUGCGGGAGGGCACACGGGUGCAGAGCGUGGAGCAGAUCCGGGAGGUGGCCUCCGGCGCUGCCCGCAUCCGGGGAGAGACGCUCGGCCUCAUUGGCUUCGGUCGCACUGCGCAGGCGGUGGCAGUCCGAGCCAAGGCGUUCGGCUUCAACGUGAUCUUUUAUGACCCGUACCUGCAGGACGGCAUAGAGAGGUCCCUCGGAGUGCAGCGGGUCUACACGCUGCAGGACCUGCUCUACCAGAGCGACUGCGUCUCCUUGCACUGUAACCUUAACGAACACAACCACCACCUCAUCAACGACUUCACGAUUAAGCAGAUGAGGCAGGGAGCGUUCCUGGUGAACACAGCACGCGGUGGGCUGGUGGAUGAGAAGGCCUUAACUCAAGCCCUGAAGGAGGGACGGAUACGAGGGGCUGCGCUCGACGUGCACGAGUCAGAACCCUUCAGUUUUGCUCAAGGCCCACUGAAAGAUGCUCCUAACUUAAUCUGUACCCCCCACACUGCGUGGUACAGUGAGCAGGCAUCACUAGAGAUGAGAGAAGCUGCUGCUACUGAAAUACGGCGUGCCAUCACAGGCCGCAUCCCUGAAAGCCUACGGAACUGCGUGAAUAAGGAAUUCUUUGUCACAACAGCUCCGUGGUCAGUAAUAGAUCAGCAAGCAAUCCAUCCAGAGCUCAAUGGUGCCACGUACAGGUAUCCACCUGGGAUGGUCAGCGUUGCACCGGGAGGAAUACCCACAGCUAUGGAGGGCAUCAUCCCUGGAGGCAUCCCCGUUACCCACAAUCUUCCCACAGUGGCACACCCUUCCCAAGCUCCAUCUCCCAACCAGCCCACAAAACACGGGGACAACAGGGAACAUCCCAACGAGCAAUAGCAGAUAAUUUAAAAUUCCUUCACUAUACUUAGGACCAAGAGACAUUGGAGAAGUUAUCCAUGAACUGAAAAAAGAAUUUGAUACACAGUUUGUAAUGCUGAUAUUGGACAAAGGCAUCAUUGGUGUUCCAGUGUUACCCACCACGUGAUAGCAGUCAAGACUGGGGAGAAGCCCUGAAGAAGUCACCUGCUUACUGAAGCGCUGAAAUCUAGGAUGUGAUACGUUAAUGGUCAACUUCUGUUAUUGUGUGUUAAGUUUCCUUCAUCUGUGCAUCAAUCACAUGAAUAAAAAUAUGAUCCCCCCCCCCCAAUUGCACGGGGAGGACAGGGCUCCUGCACCUGUUUUCAAA